GAGUUAAAAAUGGUGUAUAGUAAAAAAAAUAAUUUAUAUUCCCUGCAAUUCUGGAUUCCCUUGUUGAUGACUCUAUUGAUAACUUCACUGCUACAAGCAACGAAUGUUUAUUCGGCGACCAUACAACGUAAAGAAACCAUAAACGAUUUUGGUGGAAAUAACCUCGAUGCUGCUUUAUUGAAACGUGAUGAGUCAAUAAAACGAAAAGAUUCAGAUAUUGUUGAUGUCUCGUCGCAAUUACCUUCCAUAACUUCCUUGUCAAAGAGAACCUAUAGACGUGUAUGGGUAUUUUGGUAUGAUAACGAUGGAACUCGUGAUUGCGGAAAUUAUUGUUUAAUUACAUUUAUCCUGGUGGCUGUAAUUUUACUGGGCUUGAUUUUCUGUGGGUGUUUGUCGUGUUAUAGAAUUAAAAGACGAUAUGAGACAGAUUCAGGGUUGAGUUUUUUUUCACAUAAUAGUAAUCAACGUCGACAUCGAUCGCAAUCAUCGGGGAGUAUGUCGGAGGUGUAUGCUAGAAAAUAA